GCCUAAGCAGCUAACUAGUAGCACGUAUUUUUGGAGCGUUACUGGUUUGACAGUUUCCCGACUUAUCUUGUUGGUUGCAGACAUUGUCUGGGGUAAAGGGAGAUUACACAGAAUGGACUUCACAGAAUGCUACCAGGACACCUGCUCUGCUGUCGGACUAGCCGCUAGAGAGGGUAAGAUAAGACAGGUUCAGAGGCUUAUCCAAAAAGGCUACAGUGUGGACGUCAAAGACAAUCGAGGAUGGAACCCCCUGCACGAAGCUGCCAACGCCGGUUCUGCAGAAUGUGUUCGGCUUCUUCUCGGUGCAGCCGAAAAUUGCGAAGAUUACAUCAAUUCUUUUACACACGAUUCGGAAACACCUCUGUACCUUGCGGCAAAGAAUGGUCAUCUCCGUGUUGUUAAGUGGCUCAUUAAAGGUGGCGCUGAUAUGAACCGGGAGACCAAUGACAUGUCCUGUCCACUGUUUGCAGCGGUGGAUGGAGGACACAGAGAGGUGGUGGAGCUAUUGGUUCGAAGUGGAGCAGAGGUCAAUGGAACUCAUUCCCCCUCAGGCUGGUCGUGCCUCCAUCAGGCAGUGUACAAGGGUCAUUGUGAUAUUGCCCGGUUUCUGGCAAGCAAAUGUUCUUUAGAAGCUGUUGAUGACUAUGGAAUCACACCACUAUUCGUAGCUGCGCAGUAUGGACAUCAUAAGUGCUUAGAGAUCCUUGCAGAUGAGGGUGCUAAUGUGAACUGUCAGGCUAAAGAUUUGGCCACACCACUCCUCAUUGCCGCUCAAGAGGGCCACCUGGCGUGUGUGGGAGUUCUGUUAGCACAUAACGCAGACCCAAACCUCUACUGCAACGAGGCCCAGUGGCAACUUCCCAUCCAUGCUGCCGCUCAGUUCUGUCGAGUCAGUAUUCUGGAGAGGCUGAUUCCCGUGACAAACCGGGAGUGCGACCGCGGCGAGGGGAAGGUUAGCCCCGUCUACCUGGCCGUCCUCAGCGGACAGGCAGACAGCCUGCGACCCCUUCUCAAGGCCGGCUACAGCCCUGAUGCUCAGAGCUGUAAACAGUUUGGCUAUGAGUGCCCCUUGGACAUGGCACUGUGGUGCAACUCCUGGAGCUUGGACAACGAGUGCCACCAGACCCGUGAGAUCGCUCAGAUGCUGCUGUCUGCGGGGGCCACUGUAAGUUUAGGCAUGUACGGCUUUGCCUUACAGGGACACGUACCCGAGCACCUCCCUCUGAUUCUGGAAUACGCCGGGCUUCCUCAAGGGGACAAACUCGCAGAGCUGGUCCAAAAAGCCCUGGAGGAAGUGCAUAGCGCCCCCUACUGGCUCCCUUUGCUACUUAAGGCAGGAGUGGACCCCAUGCUGUUUCUUCAUCAUAAAAUGCUUGAGGACGCAGAUGAUGUUGUGCUUAAUUUCUAUCUGGAGUUUAUUAAUUGGAAGACUCUGCCCUCAAACACGCUCCAAAUCCUGUCCCGACGCCAGGCAGAGGGUACAUGGAUCCCACGAAAGCAUUUUGAGUGUGUUCCUGCUCUGAGCCACCUGUGCAGGUUGGCAGUGAGAGAGGCAGUAGGAAGCGGUAUAUUCUCUAAAACAGCCUUUGUUCAGGAGCUGCCUAUUCCCACGCUCCUGCAGAACUAUCUCCAGUUCAAUGACAUCUACACUGCCCACAAUCCACUGCCCUGCAGCCUGUUAGGACAGCAGAUUUAGCCAGAUUAACUGAUUCUCUUACCAACACAGUACUGUAUAUAU